AUGAAUACCAUGUUGUAUUCCACUUGUUUGUUCAUAUCUCUGUUGUACCUUUGCCAUUCCACACUAAAAGCCCAUGCAACAAAUCCAGGAAAAAACGCCAAGAGCGUUUUAUUGUCGUACCAUGAGGACGAUGCGUACUCUGUGUACCAGCCGUGCGCGUGCCAUAAGCAAGGCACGUUUUCGUUUUUAUUCAACACCCAUCAAUCAAAUGCGUUUCUGGCGUAUCAAGACGAUGGUAACUUCAACAACUUUGACUUAUUUCUCAUCAAUGGAAAAAUCCGAGCAAGAGUACUUUUUGAUAAGUGCGGCUCCAAGACUGAGACGCUCUUGAUAAAAGGCAACUUUUCGGAUUCUCGCUGGCAUCGAGUUCAGUUAAGAACAGAAAGAACCAAACUGACUCUUAAAGUGGACGGAUGUCAUUCUCAGUCUAUCUCGUGUUCCUUUCCACCAUCUAAGGGACCAAUAUGGAAUGCUCUUUACGUUGGAAAAGUUCCUAGUCACACGAAGAGGAAUUCGUUGGUGAAACAAAGCAUUAUUAUGGAGACACUCCUUUCUGGGUAAGUUGAAUCUGAGUAAAACAUUUAUGCUUUAACUUAUUUCAAGGAGGGCCAAGAACGAAUUAACCAAAUAAAUUAGGGUGCGAAAGUUCUAUAUUUCUCAGAUGGAGGAAACUGGGAAACGAACAGCUUCACGUUGGCAAAAUAGUAGAUCGAGGAGUCUCAAUUCUUGCCUAUGAACACAACACCGGUCUUGGCAGUGCAUGCAUUAUUGCGCAUUUGACUUCUCAAAUUGAGAACAUAACGUUUUAGCGCCGAAUUGGAGCGUACUAACGAUCAGAGAAAAAUUCUCUUAAUGGUAUGGAAAGAUUCAGGAGGGAGGAAGGGACAUUAUAGAUCCAUAAAUACUUCUUAAAUUGUCGGAAAUUAGUUAUGAAAGAUAUAACAUUAACGAACCAAGUUGACAAGAUCUCGAAGAAAAAAAUACUUCAUUUUGCUGCAGAUCAAUCUUUUUCAGCAAAAUUUAUUAACCUUUAAUGAAAUUUUAUCAUUACUCUGAUUCUGAUAGGUUUCAAGGGUGUAUCGGUCAGGUAACACAUAAUGCACCUGGAAAACCACCCGAACCUCUGCCACUGCGCAAUAGCUUGGAGACUGUACGCUUCUGUGAAAGUCAAUGCGUAUUUGGCGGGAAGUGUGACAAUCACACUGAUGACGUCGGCAAAAGUGACGAGGAAUGCGAGUGUCCCGGAUUUGAAGUCGAGAAAGAGCUUUGCAGGGAAAACCUCACACAUGCGCAGAAAAGCUUAUCGAUUGGAUUUAACAAAACUGACGCCUUUUCUACGACAGUCACACCAAAUCUGAUGUCUUCAAGGCAAAUUAAAGCUUUGGCAACAACAGCUUCUUUAUCAAAUACUGCUACAAAUCCAUCUGGGGAUAUUGCUACUCAAACCUACUCAACAAGUUCCAGACAGCGUGGCUCCACUGCUUUUUCAGCUUCAAGUUCGAUCAUUUCAAUAUCAGCAAAACGUUCCAGUUCAACUGCGGGUCCUUUCAGAUCUGCAUUAGAUAAUCAAGUUCCAGUGAUGCAAAAGAAAAGUAGCGCUUUCUUUUCGAGAGGCUCAUGUGUCUUGCUCUGUCUUGGUUCUUUAGUUGCUGUACAGAGUAGUUGGCCUUUUUAUGUCCAAUAA